UUUACGGGAAUGCUGCUGAUGUGCGACAAUGACGAUCAGCUGGGCUGUGUUUUGGGCCACGAGAUGGCGCACACCGUCCUGGGGCACUCGGGUGAGCGUUUGAGCAAGGCGCACCUGCUGGACCUGUUGAUAUCCUGCCGCUGGCCGCCAUCUGGGCCUUCCUGCCCAACGACGGCAUCAGCGUGUUCGCGCACUGGUUCUUCCGGCAGAUGGUCACACUGCUGGGCGACCUGCCGCACAGUCGCGCUCUGGAGACGGAGGCGGACGAAGUCGGCCUUCAUCUGGCUGCUAGGGCGUGUUUUGACGUGCGAGAGGCGAGUGCGUUCUGGGCCAAGAUGUCGAUGAAGAAGGAGCUGGCCGGAGAGGCGGACGUGCUGGAUUGGCUCUCCACGCAUCCCGCCGACGCCUCGCGACGGGAGGGGAUCGACCAGCGGAUACCGGAGCUGGAGCGGGUCCGGGCGCUCUGCCGGUGUCACCCGAUGCCGGAGCGGGACCCGAGAGCUGUUGUGGAGGAAUUCCGUAAAAUGCUGCUGGAGCAGGCCGCAGCCAGACGACCGCACCCGAAGAGCGUGCCUCUUGAACUACCUCGCGCCGGCUCCGGUGGAUAGCUAACUACAAUUAUGACUGUGUUCAACCGAAACAUACCCUGCACCUGCCAGCAAGCGCAGAGG